AUGGCAGGAGACUUCCCUAACCUGGAUCUCGUCACUACCUCACAAUGGGUGGAACCAGACCACAUCCAUCCUGUCAUACGAUCAUGGCUUCCCGCGUAUAGCAUCACCCUUACAGUCGUAGCCACACUCAUAUUGACAGCACGGAUUUGGUCGCACAGCAGGACAAGCGUUGGUGGCCUUGGUCUGGAUGAUCUUUUUAUAAGUAGCGCCUGGGUAUUUGCUACGUUGUUCACUGCGGCAUGCCUCCUCGGGACCCUGAAGCACGGCUUCGAUAGACAUGUAUGGGAUGUGGAGAGCACGCACUAUACCCAUGCGGCAUUGAUCCAAUGGCUCAGCGAAGGUGCCUUUACCCUUAGCAUCUGCUUCACCAAGAUCUCGGUCCUUUGCUUCUAUCGCCGGCUUGAUCCUCCAUGCACAAAGUCUUUUAGGAGGAUCCUCUACGUUUUCAUCGCGUCCACUGCAUGCUAUCUGCUUGCAUCUCUCUUGACGCAGCUAUUGAUUUGCCAACCCAUCGCCGCAUACUGGGCCGUACCAAAACCUGACGCUUUAGGUCGGACGUGUACCAGCCAGCGUGUCUACUACCCUGUCCAUGGGUCGUUGGGGGUCUUUUCUACUUUUUACACUAUUGCGAUUCCCUACUCAGUCCUUCGCAACGUGCCCAUGUCGAAGGUUCAGAGGAACGGCCUAAGGGCCAUCAUGGGCAUGUCACUAGUUGUGAUAGGGGCUGGCAUCGCUCGAACCAUAUUUCUGUUCCGACUGGCAGACAGCCAGAACGGAGACGCGACCUGGAACGGAUUCAACGUCUUCGUGUGCGCGCAACUGGAAUGCCACUUCGCCCUGAUCUGCGCGUGCCUGCCAUUUCUCCAGCGCUGUGUCUCGCAAGACCCGUCCCUACCUAUCAUCUACUACUCUGACAGUAGCAAAGAUCGAAAGGCUUCCGUCGUAUCCAGAGUUAGCAGCUCCCUGUCAGACCAGUUCAGGCGCCUACCCCUCAAGCGUGGCGCCAGCCCGCGAAACUUGGAGGCUUCCCGAUCCCGACCGCCGGUCGCGGUGGAGAUACCGGAAUGGGAAUUUCAAACACUGGGGUCGCCACAGCAUGCGAGUUCACCCGUGGACGAGAUCAGCUACGAACAGUACGUGCAGGGCAGGUUUGGCCCGCCAGCGCCGCCAAAAGACAGCCGUGAUUUAUUUGAUCAGUACCGAAGGGAGCGGGGACACAUUGGGUAA